AUGGAUCGAUUGGCAAGCUCCAGAACAAUCACCUCCUCGAGAACCAACAAGAAACCAGAUACUCAAGCAUUUCCCCAACCAACCAGCAACAUGCACGCAAUCCACUUGACAUUGGCGGCGCUCGCCCUUUCCUUCCCGGCCUGGGCCUUGCCAAGCGCGCCUGGCAACGCAACUCUCGAAGCCAGAGCCGACAGAUGGGAGAUCGAGUUCUUCAGCAGCCUCGGAUGCAACGGAAACCCGAAUGGGCAGGCAGGAAGCACUAGAAGACAGGGCUGCCAGAGAGUGGGCGGUGGUGGUGCCGAGGGAUACAGCUGGCACGCAGAUGGCUUCAAAGCCAAACUCUACGCCAAGGAUGAUUGCAGUGGUGAUGACCACGACGUGAAAGAGACCAACUGCGACAAUGCUGGAUUCAAGAUUCAGAGCUACGAGGUGAAGAAGAAGUUGCUUUGA